AUUCUAUUCAUACAAUAAAAAUCAAGAAGUAUUGUUCAUCAAGCCAAUGGCCUACACAACAAAAAGUUAUUUUGUCGUGAUGGUUUUGCUAUUGUCGUUUAUUUGCAUGAUAUGUGUUCCAAUUUUAGCUCUUGGACCAGCAUGUCUUGGACAGUGUGAUGCAAUCAACAUGGACUGUUUACAACUUUGCCAAGAACUAGCUUUUGUUACGGGUUCAUGCAAAGGAGGGCCUUCAUCUGAGUGUUGUUGCCAUGAUUAAAUUACUAUUGUGUUAAUAUCCACGUGUAAGGAAUAUAUAUUCCAUAAA